AUUAAGAAAAUGGUGCAUUUAAUUGUGUCAUCCCUUGCAUUCGGAAUAUUUGGAGUUUUGCUUAUCUUCAUAGACGUGUCUCUCGUCAUUACAGACCUAAUUUUCACUAGUAAAAUUUAUAUUCCUUUGGAAUAUCGUUCAGUUUCUCUAGCUAUUGCUUUAUUUUUUUUCAUGGAUCUUCUUCUUCGAGUAUAUGUAGAAGGGAGACGGCAUUAUUUUUCUGAUUUACUUAAUGUCUUAGAUGCUUUCAUUAUUGUGGCAAUUCUGCUGAUUGACAUCAUUUACAUUUUUUAUGAUGUCACAUUUCUUAGGAAUAUUCCCAGAUGGGCAGUUUUUUUCCGGACUCUACGACUUAUCAUUCUGAUAAGAGUUUUUCAUCUGGCUCCACAAAAAAGACAUCUCGAAAAACUGACCAGAAGGAUGGUUUCAGAAAACAAAAGGCGAUACACAAGGGGUGGAUUUGACCUGGACCUCACUUAUGUUACUGAGCGUAUUAUUGCCAUGUCAUUUCCAUCUUCAGGAAGACAGUCUUUCUACAGGAAUCCAAUGACGGAAGUUGUACGGUUCCUGGACACAAAGCAUCCAAACCACUAUCGAGUCUACAAUCUCUGCAGUGAAAAAGGUUAUGAUCCUAAGCACUUCCAUUAUAGAGUUUGUAGACUUAUGAUUGAUGAUCACAAUGUCCCCACUCUGUGUGAGAUGUUGGUGUUCUCCAAGGAAGUAGAUGAGUGGAUGACUCAAGAUGAGGAAAAUGUCAUAGUGGUUCAUUGUAAAGGAGGCAAAGGAAGAACAGGAACUAUGGUUUGUGUCUCCCUUAUUGCCAGAGAAAUAUUUUCAACUGCAGAGGACAGCCUUUAUUAUUUUGGAGAACGAAGAACAGAUAAAACCAGUAGCAGUAAAUUUCAGGGAGUAGAAACCCCUUCACAGAACAGGUAUGUUGGAUAUUUUGAACAAGUAAAAAAUACAUACCAGUGGAAUCUUCCUCCAAGGAAAAUGCUGUUGAUUAAAAAAGUCAUCAUUUACUCAAUUCAUGGUAAUUACAGUCAAGUACACUCCAAAAAUAGGCAAAAAAUGAAUAGUAGUGGCUCCAUAUUCAGAGCGGAGGAACUCAACGCAUUCCAUGCAGGUGUUGGGAAAGGCAAUGGGUAUGACCUAAAAAUCCAAAUAUUCAUGCAACGGAAGGCCGUCUUUUCCUGUUCUUAUUCUGAGAACUGUAAGGUGCUUUAUGACAUGGAAUCAGACAGAGUAGUCAUACACGUCUUCAACUGUCCACCUCUGUAUGAUGACAUCAAAGUGCAAUUUUUUUCUUCCUCCGAUCUUCCUAAAUACUAUGAUGACUGCCCAUUUUUCUUUUGGUUUCAUACAUCUUUUAUAAAGAAGAACAGGCUUUAUCUACCAAGAAAUGAAUUGGAUAAUCCCCACAAGCCAAAAACAUGGAAAAUUUAUAGACCAGACUUUGCAGUUGAGGUAUAUUUUGAUGAGAUAUGA